CUAUUUUAGUCCCCAACGUUUAAACUGUUCUAUUUAAAUCCUAAAAAGAUUUGAUUUGCAUCAAUCAAGUCCUUCCGUUAAGUGGGUGUCAAAUUAUUGACGCCGUGUCCGACGUGACAAAAUUGGCAGUUUGGCUGUAGUUAACAGUUGGAAUUGGAAGCAGGAAAAAAAAAGGAAAAUAAAAUGCAAUCCGGUCCAAUAAAUAAACCCUAAUCCCCAAAGUUGAUGUUCUUCGUCUGUUGAGAAUGGCUACCCAAUCGUCCUCCCAAGGUUCGCGUAGCAGCACCAAGAGUCGUGGGAGAAGGAGGACUUGCUUCUGUGGAGAGAGACCGGUAUUGCGCACGUCAUCUACAGCGGAGAAUCCAGGAAGAAGAUUCUGGGGCUGCGUCAACUUUCAGAUAGGAGAUGGAUGCGAUUAUUUUGCUUGGGCAGAGCCUGAAGGACAAGAUCCACAAAUUCAAAGACUGAAGAACAAAGCAAGCUCGUUGAAAGAAGAACUGCAGAAAGCUGAAAGGAAAUUUGCAUUGGCACUUGGUGUUAGAAUUUUUGGAUGGACACUGGCUGGGCUGCUGCUAUGUGAUCGACUUAAUUGA